AUGCUUGCUGGUCUCUUUUCGCUUCUCCUCUUCACAGAUGGAGUGUAUUCUGAGCGUAACUGCAGUUAUCAGGAUGUUUUAACACACCUGAACCUCACCCAAAACAAUGAGCUGUACUCGAUGACUCGGCCUGUUAAAAACUACAAACAGCCCACUCGAGUAUCCCUUGAAGUAGCGCUGUAUGCCAUUCUGGAUGUGGUUGAGAAAGAGCAGAAAUUCAUCCCCUAUGUCUGGACUGUAAUGAGGUGGCACAAUGAAUACAUUUCCUGGGAUCCAAAGGAGUUUUGUGGAAUUGAUAAUGUCUCUCUUCCUACUAACAUUUUGUGGCAGCCAGAUCUCACUAUUGAAGAGAUGACGGAGAAGGACAAAGCCCCUCCAAGUCCUUUUCUCAGCAUAAAUGACAAGGGUUAUGUUGAAGUUCAGAACGACCAGGUGUUGGUCAGCACCUGCAGGAUGCACAUUUAUAACUUCCCCUUCGACAUUCAGAGUUGCAACCUCUCUUUCAAGUCUGUCAUACACACUGUUAGGGACAUUCGGCUCCAUCCGAGCGACAACUCGUCAGAGGCCACAGAGUGGUCUCGUGAGGUGAUGCGGACUCAGUACGAAUGGCUGUUCAUCAACAUGACAGUCACCAACCACAAUGCCAGCGAUUUACUUGGCCAAGACAUGAUCGUUUACACUGUACUUGCUUCUCUUAUCAUUUCACAGAUCACAAUGAAGAGGCGACCACUCCUCUACAUCAUUAACUUCUUGCUGCCCGUUCUGUUCUUCUUGUGUCUUGACUUGUCCUCCUUCCUGAUCUCAGACAAUGGGGGUGAGAAACUGAGCUUCAAGGUGACUGUGCUGCUCGCUGUCACUGUGUUGCAGCUUAUUCUCAAUGAAAUUCUGCCUGCCUCAUCAAACAGGAUCCCACUUAUAGCGGCCUACUGCAUUGGGAUUUUUGCUCUGAUGUUGCUCAGCCUCGUGGAGACAAUUUUUGUGAUGUAUCUGAUGGAGAAAGACCAAGCAUCUCAAGAUAAGAAAGCAGACAGAGACCAAUGCCUGAGUGAGGACUGUGGGGAAAAACAGGGCAAGGUCCACUUCAACAACUUUAAACGAGAUGUGCGCAAAUGGGCUAAAUGUACGUCUGUCUAUGAUGUGUCUGCCGGUGAAGCUCCAUGUGAACGGCUGCCUGUGGCCAAUGAGGUUAGAGGUGACAGCAGCAAACAAACAGAGGAGUAUCACAACUUGGAGAAGCUCUCAGAUGAGCUGAGGGAGAUGGAGAAAACACUGAUUCUGCUCCUCAACAGCCGAAAGGAAAAUGGCGAAUGUGGCUACUGGACCAGAGUGGCUAAAAGAGCAUAA